AUGUCGAAUGCCAAGGUAGUUCUCAUAUCUGCCGCUCCAGACGAAGACGUUUCUGUUCCAUCGGACGCUCCUCAUGAAAACAAUUGGUACAAUGGAAGAGACUUUGAUGGCUACCGGGUUACGGAGCAACUGCUCUAUGCAAGUCGCAGGAUUCGAGUGAUCUGUGUGGGCGCCGGUGCCACAGGUAUCCAAUUUGCGUACAAAGCGGAACGAGCAUUGAAAGACGUGGAACUGCAAAUAUACGAGAAGAAUGAUGAUGUUGGCGGGACCUGGCUGGAAAAUCGGUAUCCUGGAUGUACUUGCGAUAUACCUUCGCAUUCAUAUCAAUUCACCUGGGCCAAGAACCCGAGCUGGUCGCGAUAUUAUUCUGGAUCGGAAGAGAUUUGGCAGUAUCUCAAAGACGUUGCCGUUCGAUAUGACCUCGAGAAAUAUGUCCAGUUCAAGACAACAGUGGAAUCUGCAACUUGGGACGAAGAAGUCGGGUUGUGGAGGCUACGCAUCGUUCGACCCGAUGGCUCAUCUUUUGAGGAUACUUGCAACAUUCUCAUUAAUGGCUCCGGAGUAUUGAAUACGUGGAAAUGGCCCAACAUUCCAGGUUUAGACCUAUUCAAGGGGAAACUGAUGCAUUCUGCAAAAUGGGAUGGCAACUAUGAUCUGACGGGGAAAACUGUAGCCGUUAUUGGCGGGGGUUCUUCAGCAGUGCAGAUUAUUCCAUCAAUACAACCGACCGUGAAAAAGCUAUGUGCUUUCCUGAGGUCUCCAGUCUGGAUAACGACUGGUUUUGGAGCAAAAUAUGCGGGCCCCGGAGGAACCAACUUCACCUACUCGGAAGAGCAGAAAGAGGAAUGGAGUAAAAGUCCCGAGAAACACGCACAAUAUUGCCGUGAUAUCGAGGGCGAGCUAAACAAGCGAUUUACCCUGAUGCACUUAAAAGCCAAAGAUCAGAAAGCUUCUCGAGAUCUUGUGACAGAAAUCAUGGCCGAACAACUUGGCCAUGACGAGACCCUCACCAAACACAUGAUACCUCCUUUUGCCCUUGGAUGUCGACGAAUGACACCUGGUUCUGGGUAUCUCCAAUCUCUAAGAGCCGAGAAUGUUCAGGUCAUCCCACAAUCGGCUGUACGACUCACGGAAAGAGGAAUUGUGGACGAAUCCGGAGAAGAGCACCAAGUUGACGUUGUCGUCUGCGCAACCGGCUUCGAUACCUCUUUCACCCCGCACUUCAAAGUCUUUGGCCGGAACAACGCUGAGAUUCAUGAACAAUUCGGUGACUUCCCUAUAGGAUAUCUAGGCAUCACGGCGGAGAACUUUCCCAACCUCUUUUUGUUGAUAGGACCGAAUGGACCGGCUUCGCAUUCUAGUAUUCUGCCCAUCUUGGAGUGGUAUACCCGUUAUGUGUUUCAGGUGAUCCAAAAGAUUCAGACCGAACGAAUCAAAGCCAUUGAACCGAAGAAGGAGGCCAUCCACGACCUGUACAACCACACACAUGAAUUAAUGAAGAGACUGGUUUGGUCAUCAGCUUGCCGGUCAUGGUUCAAAAAUGGCAAAACCCAUGGGCCAGUCACAGCCAUCUAUCCUGGCAGUCGAUUGCAUUUCUUUGAGAUGAUGAAGAAUGUUCGGUGGGAGGAUUACAACAUUACCUACUGUUCAGAAAACAGAUUCGCGUUCAUGGGCAAUGGAUUCACCCAGACUGAGGUCGAUCCGGACGGAGAUCCAGUGUGGUACUUUGAUGAUCCCUUUGUGAAGAUUUAG